AUGGCCGACCACGCGCCAGGAAUGGGGCCGUCUAUGAAAGAGCCCAGCUGCAUUAACUGUGGCGGCAUUGGACAUUGGGCCGUAGCUUGCCCAGAGCCUGUCAGAGCGAAGCCCGCUGGACUGUCCCGGAAAAAUACUUCGAGUGGCCAUGAUCACCAUGGCCGGGGUGGUGAACAUCAGCACGGCGGCCGGCGUCCGGGUGCUGUCGUGACCAAGUAUCCGGCCCCACCAAGCGGCAAUCCGAUCGUCACUCGCUACGCUCCGCCCCCGGGUCAGCCCCAUGCUCCUCCGUACCCCGGCCCCCUGCCGUCCUAUCCGUCAUAUCCUCCACCUCCGAAUGGCUAUCCUCCCCCGCCAACAGGGAACUACCCCAGCUAUUCCCAGUACCUCCCCCCGCCGCCGCCGCCUCCCCCGGGUGCCCACCCACCACCUCCCGCUCCUCCUACACCGUAUCAUUAUCCACCAGCCGGCCAGUAUGGAGGGCCUCCACCUCCCGGUCCUUCUGGUCUGCCACCUCCCUAUCAACCACCACAAUACGCUGGCAGUACUCCUUACCCUCCUCCAUCCUACCCUUCUGCACCUGGAUAUCACGCUGGUCCUCCACCUCCAGGCGGUCAGUAUCCGCCCUCAUAUAAUCCAGCACCGCCGGGAGGCUAUCCUCAGCCGCCCUACGGGUCUCAACCGCCUCCAGCACCGACCUCUUACCCUCCUUCAUGGGGAGCACCCGCUCCGGGGUAUGGUCACCCUCCUCCUUUGCCUCCCCCCCCUCGUGCUACACCACCCGGACUCCCACCAGUACCCCCUCCAAGGCACCAACCGCCGCGAGACCGGAAUGGACGACAGCGCCAGGGGCAAAACAACCGAGAUCGUUCUCGCCGGAACAAACACGGCAAUCAGUCGAAACGGGAUCCUUCACAGCCCAGGCCCAAAUCUGACAAUAAAGCUAGACCUGGGCCACCGCAACUACAGCUCGAAGCCGAACCAAAGCCCGUCGAGGCACCAUCAGUCGCGAGUGGUACACCUGAGAGCAGAAUAAUCAACGUUGCUUCAGAGCAGGAAGCUGAAGAAGAGUAUGAUUGGAACUGGGAAGAAGAGAUGAUUUUCAAAGAACUAGGGAAAACUUACCAACCGGACCCGAUUGCCAUGCCACUACCUGGACCUGAGGAUUACCAUGAUAACAUCGUGUUACCUCCGGCAUGGAACGCCACGUGGAUUCAGUCUCGAUAUGCAAAAGAAAGCAAUUUCGUAGAAUUCUCGCGGCCGAUUCGAGAAACCGAGUUCUUCGUUACGAUGCAAUACGACCCAGCAUUCUGGAAGUGUCCUGUGGGGAGUGCUCCCAAGCAACCCCUUGAGCCGCGAGAGAAACUCAGCACGUUCAAGUCCAGUCGCCUUCCGGGGUUUCCAUCUCUCCCACCGAAACCCCCUACUCCAGAAAACCGCGAUUAUCGUCUUAUCAAUAACCGCAAGCGGGCUUUGGACGAUUCACCGUACAAGAACCCAAGAGCCAGGGGUGGCCAAGAAGGUGGUGAAUGGGCGGAUCAGCGUCAUAAGAGGCACAAGGUCGAAUCGCUUCCUGGCUAUAACGCCAUUUCACCGCAUAAUCGGAGAUCCAGGGAGGACUCGGGGCCGAUUGAUCGCUAUCGUCAUCAAAGACCAGAACGCACCGAUUCCGAUCCAGGCCAGACGCUCCUCAUGUCUUUGGAUGAGUCUCAAGACGCCGGUCCAUCCAGGCGAUUCGACGAUGCGGGUCUCCAGGACUCUGGAUAUUACGGCUCUCGAAAUGCUCGCAGACAGACUUCGAACAACAACUUCCAAGAAAGGGGGGCAUCCCCACCUAUGCUUCAUCGCGGAACAUCACGCCCAGAAAGCCGACCACAUAGUCGACAGGCAUCUCGAUCUCGAUCUCGGUCGCGACACUCCCGCCGUCGUGGAUCCCAUAGCAGCCAUGAUGAAUCACGUCCAGCUUCUAGGCAAUCUGUGGCGUCCUUCGGCACUGACGCAUCGGAACUAUCAGCACUAGAGGCCGAACUGCUCGGCAUUGCUCCCAAGUCCAAGGGAGAUCGGGAUGGCAAACCGGACGGCAUGAAGAUGCGCAAGCGCGUUACCAAGGUCGAUUCGGCUUAUAGGUAA